UCUGAAGCAUACAUCCACGUAGUCUUUUGUGUUGAUUCUAUUUUGCAUUUGCCGAGCGACAGACGUUGGACUUGCCCAAGCAUCAAUACUUACAAACCCAACUUUUAAUACGGUGAAAUUUAAUAGGGUUAUAGUGUAAUGGCGACCGCCGCUGCUCGCGAGCGGUAUGCUCGUAAGAACGAGCAGAAUGAGCUUGAGCGAGCAUUCAACACCAUAGACAGCAAGGGAGAUAAGAAGAUUGAUGCAGAGGAGCUUACGGAGCUUUUUCUCCGGUUAGGGCAUAAACCUAAGCGCGGCGAGGUGGAAGACAUGAUAUGGGAGGUCGACGAAGAUUGUGAUGGCUGCAUCAGCUUGCAAGAGUUUCAGACGCUAUACACACGAUGCCGAGAUGACAAGACCGGAUAUGAGCCGCGGGGGCUCUUCAAUGUCGUGGAGUUCGUCAUGAACGACAAGAAUAACCAGGGGUUCAUCACCCUAGAGGAGGCAAUGCAGAUCAUGUACUUGCGCUAUGGGCGAGCGGAGCUAGACAUGCAGUUGGAGCAGGUGUUCGGCACGGCAGACCUGAACAGCGGCAAGAUUUUGACGCUGACCGAGUUCUUGCAUUGCUUGCAUACGAACCAAGUCAAGCAGCUACUUAACCGUGUCACGGCCAAGACGUACAAGGCGCCCCCGCCCCCUCAGAAGCGCAAGUAAAUAAGAAGGAAAGGCAGCGGUGAUUGUGGAGUGAGCGCUGAAUUAGGGCUGCUGGAACUGGAGCCGCUGUUCAAGGAACUGGGACCGCUGUUCAUGGGUAUGGAGCAUUUGGAUUGCGGGAACCGCGGUACUUGGUUUUUCCUUUCGCAAAGCAUGCUUUGGAACGGUUGAUGGCUUCGGGGCAACCGUUUAGGAUCUUGCAGUGUACGGCGUGUGUAAACGGAGACAAGAUGAGUGUGAUUGCUCCAGUAUCACUCAAAGUGGCAGCAUCGCGUAGUUCCUUAGCGCGACUUGACAACUUGCCGACGCGUAAGCACAGGAACUUACAGCGCUGCGGUUCUUUGUUUUCUAUAAACGGAAACAACCAGGACGGAUACGGCCAGGAACUGGCGGCUACUGCGAACCCGCUCGAUGGGGCUGAGCUCCCCCUAGGCGGCGGCACGCCGCUCAUCGCGGCGCUCGGAUCCGAUGACGACGCAUCCGAAUCCCGGGUGGUUGCCGCAGCGACGCCGCCGCAGCCCACCAUUAAGGUCACGGGCGAGCUGAGAAGGAAGGCAUGGGCGCUCAGCUCUGUACUCAAGGUCUUCGUCAGCCGCGUGGACCCCAACUACGCGCAGCCCUGGCAGAUGUGCCCCCAGCGGACUGGCACCGGGAGCGCCUUCGUACUGGACACGGGAAAGAGGACCAUACUAACUAACUCCCACGUGGUAUCCAACGCCACGGCUGUGUACGUGAGGCGCCCGGGCGCGGCCAAGAAGUUCAAGGCGGAGGUGGUGUGCGAGGGCAAGAGUCCCAUCGCGGUGGCAGGAUAUCCAGUCGGAGGUGACAACAUCAGCGUCACAAAGGGCAUUGUGUCCCGCAUCGCCCUGGUGCGGUACUCGGCCACAGCGCGAUUGCUGUCCAUUCAGAUCGACGCCGCCAUUAACCCAGGCAAUAGCGGCGGCCCCGCCUUUGCGGAUUUGGAGGGCGGCAAAGUGGCCGCCCAGGAGGCCGAGAUGUACGGCACUUACCGCGGCGUGCCUUCCCCGGGCUUCCUGACGCAAGACCUGGAGAACCCGGCGCAGCGCGCCUACCUCAAGAUGCCGGAGAUGAUGUCCGGAGUGCUGGUGGUGAAGACUGACCCUCUCUCGGCCGCACACAGUGCCGUACAGAAGAAUGACGUCAUCCUGGAAGUGGACGGCGUGCCAAUUGCGGACGAUGGUACGGUUGAGUUUCGCGAGGACGAGCGGCUCGAGUUCACGUACCUCAUCCGCGCCAAGCACAUUGGCGAGGACAUCCACUUGAAGGCGCUUCGAGAGGGGCAGGAAGUCUGCAUCAGUUUUCCGCUCAGGGCCAAGGAUCAUCUGGUGCCCGUACUGGACGCAGUGGAUGCCGUACCGUCGUAUUUCAUUGUGGGCGGUCUGGUGUUUGCGCCCCUGUCGAGUCCCUUCUUGGAGAUGGUCUUUGGCGGCGGCGGCGGCCGGCGCAGCCGCCGUGCCGACAUCCCCGUACCUGUGCUGGCGGCGCUAAACCAGAAUAAAGUCCUCAAGGGGCAACAGGUUCUUGCGCACGAGAUCAACCACGGCUACCGGUACAGUGUGGUGCCCUGCGAGAGCUUCGGCGGGAGGAGGCUGCACAGUCUGCGGCACCUGGUGCACUUGGUGGACGUGUGCGACCAGCCCUUCAUGAACUUCGGCCUGGAGGGCGGUCGCCUGAUCACGUUGCGGACCGCGGAGGUGCGCGAGGCGGGGCCGCAGAUCCUGGCCACCAACGCCAUUUCCUCCGACAGGUCCCCCGACAUGCUGCUUCCCAAGCCGGAGGAUGAGGACUGGGAUGCGGCGUCGGAGUGGGACCCUGCUGCCGGCCAGGCGGACGGCGGAAUGGGGGCUACCGGUGACAGCGACCUGGAUGGAUGA